AUGGCUGCAGAGAAGAAACCGUUUCAUGUUGCCGUUGUUGGUUCGUGUGGUUUUCUUUUCUGGCAUGAAUAGCUUUCAAGUCUUGUAUUCCGUUUACUUCCACAGAGAAACUAACAGUCUGAACUCUGGUCAGGCGGAGGUAUAGGAGGACUAUGUCUAGCAAUCGGCCUCCUCCGUCAAGGAGUCUCAGUAACCCUCUACGAAGCAGCCUCAGAAUUCAAAGAAAGUACGUUCUAUUCCGUAUUCCACUUCCAUCCUCCUCCCCCAAUACAUAACUAACAACCCUCCAAAGUCGGCGCAGGAAUAGGUUUCGGCCCUAACGCCCUCCGAGCCCUCGAACAGAUCGACCCCUCCCUCCGCGCCUCCUACGAAACAAUCCAAACCUCCAACCCCUCCCCCAACCGAAAAUCAACCUGGUUCCAAUUCCAGCUCGGGAUGAAGUCCCAGAACUGGUCGAAGCUGCAAGCAUCCACCAACCCCACGGAGAAAAUAACAGAGACAUGGCAAGACGGGCAGAAGGUCGCAACAGUAACAGCAGGCAAGACAGGACAACUAAGUUUCCACCGCGCGCACUUCCUAGAUAUCUUGGUAGCGCUCGUUCCAAAGGAUGUCCCGAAGUUUGGGAAGAAACUGGUGGAUAUUGAGGAGUUGGAAGGUGGGAAGUUGGAGAUGAAGUUUGCGGAUGGGACGACGGCGCAGACUGAUGCGGUUGUAGGGUGUGAUGGGGUGAAAUCGAGGACGAGGGCUCUACUACUUGGUCCCGAUCAUCCUGCUGUGUCGCCGAGGUUUACCGGGAAAUAUGCGUACAGAGGACUUAUUCCGAUGGAGCAGGCUGUGGAAGCAUUGGGGGAUGAGGUGGCGAGGAAUAGUCAAUUGUAUAUGGGCCAUCAUGGACAUGUCCUUACCUUCCCAAUAGAGAAGGGGAAGACUAUGAACGUGGUUGCUUUUAGGAGCAAGGAAGGAGAAUGGGGGGAUGAGAAGUGGGUGUUGCCGAUGGAGAGGUGGGUUAUGCUUAGGGAUUAUGAAGGGUGGGGGGAGAAUGUGAUGAAGAUACUUUCGGUAAGUUGUGACUUUUCUUUAUUCAGGUACAAAACUGAGAGAAGCAAAAUCGUAAAACGGGAAGAAGAAGAAUUCGGAAGGCAAGGAAAAUGCUUAUCAUUUAAUUUACAUACAGAUGAUAAAACGUCCCGAUGUAUGGGGACUCUUCGACCACCCUCAUGCGCCAACUUAUUAUAGGAAGAGAUUUGCCAUCCUUGGAGACGCAGCUCACGCAUCGACUCCCCAUCAAGGCGCAGGCGCUGGUCAAGCUGUGGAAGACGCAUUCAUCCUCUCAAGGUUAAUCGGGAAAAUAUCCUCCGCUGAUGAGAUUGAGAAAGCAUUCAAGGCAUAUGAUGCUAUUCGUAGACCGAGGAGCCAGAAGGUUGUAGAGACAAGUAGAGACGCAGCAGCAGUAUAUGAGUUCGAGGACGACAGUCUUGGCACGGAUUUAGAAAAGGUUCGAGCGACGUUGGAAAUUAGGUACAAGUGGAUAUGGGAUGAGGAUAUGAACGAGCAUUUGAGACAAGCAAUGGAGUUGAUGGAUUGAUAUGUGUACGGUGUGAAGGGGUAAUUUUCAAGAAGCGCAUGGUCGAUUAGUCGAUGGAAUCGUCUCUAAGAGCAAACAGUUGGCU